AUGUCCUCCAACAUAUUGUACAUUGUGAUCGGUGAUGUUGGACAUUCACCGCGCACGCUGUUGCAUGUGGAGGAAUCUUUAAAGCUGAAGAGCGCAAACAAAGUUGGCUGUCUAGCAUUGCUAGAGAGCAGCAUCCCCAACACUAUUCAGACCGAUAAAAAGUUUUGCUUCUACGACCUCAAAUCGCUUAACAUUGCCAAGGGCUCUGUAUUUUAUCCGAUUUUUGCCGCGUUCAAAUUUGUUUUGCUUUCCGUUUACAUCCUCUGGUUUCUUCUUUGGGAAUCGCCCAUUUCCUGGGACGUCGUUGUUUGCCAGUUGGAAGCCAGGUUGUCCGCAAUUGAACCCGAUUUUUGGAAGUCAACAUCGGUGCCGAUCAGAGAGAUCUUUUCAAAAAAUCCAAAAAUCAUACUUUCAGCCACCAGUUGGACCCCAGACGAAGACUUCAACACGCUGCUGCAGUCCAUCGAUCGUCUUGAGCAUAGCAAUUUGCUUUCGCAACACUUGCUGGUCGUAAUUACUGGAAAGGGACCUUUGAAGAACGCAUUCAUCCGCCAUCUUGAAAGCAAAAAGAGUUCUUGGAAGAACACAACAUUCGUUCUUGGCUGGUUUUCCUUGCUCGAUUACUACUCGUUGCUUUCUGCGGCGGAUUUGGGAAUUUCCUUUCACGUAUCAUCAAGCGGGCUUGACUUUCCCAUGAAGAUCAUUGACAUGGUAUCAUGCAACACUCCGCAAAUUGCGGCACUAGAGUUCCAGUGUUUAAAGGAGGGAAUCUCUUCAUUGCAUACAAACACAAAGCUCCUUGCCUUCUCAAAUGAGGAUACUCUUACCAACAUCAUAUGCUCUAUUUCUAAAUCUGCAUCCUACAUACCACAGGUCAACCCUCGAUCACUGAGCUUUUCCAGCCAUUGGCGUGGCUACAUGAAUGCAGUUUUUCCGGAUGCCCUGAAGACUAACUAA